AUGUGUAGCAUAGAGCAUCUACAGCGAGCAGGUGAACGACAGUUUGACCUCUUCACCAGUUUCUACUUUGUAAUGGUCACAUUCUCUACUGUUGGCUAUGGAGACUGGUACUGCAAACUUGGACGAGAGGAUCAAGCCUCUGAUAACCCAUCUUCGUUGCAGAUUGAAGCAUUGGGACAAACGUGGAUUGCAAGGCAGAAAUGUGGAAGUGACUACAGUGGCGGAUUUGCUAAAAAUGAAAAACACGUUGUUGUUACGAUAACGCAUUUGGAAAUGGCACUUGUCAGGGAUUUCUGGACGAAUUCUACGCCACUCAUGGAGAACAAAGUGAGUGUGUGA